AUGUUUGUCUUGUCUGUGCUUGAAGUACAGGUGAUUGGCUCACUCACCUCUGUCGCAAUUGGAUACAGUGUUCUGUCGUCCGAAAAUAUCAAUGGGGUCUACAUCCCAUCUGCCCUUUUAGUAUUUGGGACCUUCCUCGUGAAGAAAGAAUUUGUCCCCUUUGCUGUGGCUAUAGCUGCGAUGCUGGCCGGAUACAAGCUGUUCAGCAGCAACAAAGCCAGGAAGGUCCUUAAUCCCACUGAAUUCCAAGAGUUUGUAUUGAAAGAGAAGAACGUCGUCUCUCACAAUGUCGCCAUCUAUCGUUUCGCCUUACCCCGUCCCACCGAUAUCUUGGGCCUGCCGAUCGGUCAACACAUCUCCCUGGCCGCCACCAUCGAAGGUCAGCCUAAGGAGGUGGUGCGCUCCUACACGCCAAUUUCUUCUGACAAUGAGGCCGGUUACUUUGAUCUCCUUGUCAAGGCCUACCCUCAGGGUAACAUCUCCAAGUAUUUGACCACCCUGGAUGUCGGACAGACAAUGAAAGUGCGCGGUCCGAAGGGUGCCAUGGUGUACACGCCCAACAUGUGCCGUCAUAUUGGUAUGAUUGCUGGAGGUACUGGUAUCACGCCCAUGCUCCAAAUUAUCAAGGCGAUUAUCCGUAAUCGACCCCGCAACGGUGGCAACGACACUACCCAGGUUGAUUUGAUCUUCGCCAAUGUUAAUCCCGACGAUAUUUUGCUCAAGGAGGAACUGGACCAGCUUGUUAAGGAGGACGAUAGUUUCAAUGUUUACUACGUGCUCAACAACCCCCCUGAGACCUGGACUGGCGGUGUUGGAUUUGUCACCUCCGACAUGAUCAAGGAGCGCCUCCCUGCCCCAGCCAGCGAUAUCAAGGUGCUUCUCUGCGGUCCUCCACCUAUGGUUAGUGCCAUGAAGAAGGCUACUGAGUCUCUUGGUUAUACCAAAGCUCGCCCAGUCAGCAAGCUCGAGGACCAGGUGUUUUGCUUCUAA